AUUGUUUCUCCUCCGGUGCACUGCACAAACAGCCAUCAACGAAGGGAAGAAAUAUAGAUAAAAAGGAAAAACAAAAAAAAGGAGGCCACUCUCUUUCGUUGGUCUCUGGCAUCGCCUUUUGAAGUUUGGUGUUUAAUGUUUCAAGUGAGGAACUGGAUGGUCUAUGGUUAUUGAUCCAUUUCCCGUCUGAUUCUGAUUUCGUUUUUGUUCCAUGUUUUCGUGGAUUUGAAUACAAAUUGAAAUUCAAAUCCCAGCUUGGUGGUCGCUGCAUAAAUAUUCGGGUUGACUGGAAAUUGAAGAAUGGCGGCGCAAAACCAGACCGAUCUGUUCGAUGCUUAUUUUAGGAAAGCGGAUUUGGACGGCGACGGCCAGAUCAGUGGAGCCGAGGCUGUUGCAUUUUUCCAAGGCUCCAAUUUGCCCAAACACGUUCUCGCUCAGGUGUGGAUGUAUGCUGACCAGAAGAAACUCGGUUAUCUUGGUAGACAAGAAUUUUAUAAUGCCCUUAAACUCGUAACUGUGGCACAAAGUAAGCGAGAACUGACACCAGAUAUUGUCAAAGCUGCACUGUAUGGCCAUGCUUCUGCUAAGAUUCCUGCUCCCCAGAUAAACAUUGCAGCCACACCCGCAGCUCAGCCUAAGGUAGCUACAGUUCCUUCACAGGCCAGUGGCAAUGCAUCUGUACCAUCCCAAAAUUUUGGCCUCAAAGGGGCACCUGGCCUUGGCAAUGUCGGUGUGAAUCAGCAGUAUGUACAACCGCUACAAAGUCAGGUUGCAAGGCCAUCUCAAACCAUGCCUCCCAGCACUGCAUCACAAACCCAAGUAGCACUUCCUGCGGAAGGCAUGCUGAGGGGUAGUAACAUGGUGGCUCCUUCUCGUCUUCCAACAUCAAACUCCUCAACUAAUUGGCAAAGUGGAAGUGGAUUCCCAACCGGUGUCAGUAACCAAGUUCAUAACCGAAGUGGUAGUCCUUCUACAAGCCAAGGAUUUGGGCUUACAGCUUCGGCGUUGACAUCUUCUAUGCAACCGAGACCACAAGCAACUCCUGGGCAGAUAUCCUCUACUGCUCCAAACCCGAAAGAUUCAUCCAUACCAUCCAGCCAGUCAGGAGCAGACAAUCCCAAGGCAUUGGUUGUUUCAGGAAAUGGGUUUGCCUCUGACUCUCUUUUUGGUGAUGUCUUCUCAGCAACUUCAUUGCAAUCAAAGCAAAUUUCUUUGGCAACCACGUCGUCUGCAACUAGCUCCACUGUUUCAACGUCUGUUCCAGCUUCUGGGUCCCAUCCUCCUGCUAAGUCAAGCCCAGCUGAGCCUUUGCAGGGUACACUUUCUCAACAAUCUGUGGGUGGCCAGUAUCACCCAGGUCAUCCAACAGGAAGACAGUACCAGCAGGUUGCAGUUCAAAGCAAUGCUGCACCUGGUUCAUCUGGGUUUCCUACUGGACCUGGGAACUUGGCUUCUGGUCAGUCAACUCAGACUCAACCCCCAUGGCCAAAGAUGACUCAAUCUGAUAUACAGAAGUAUACAAAAGUAUUUGUACAAGUUGACGCUGAUAGAGAUGGAAAAAUUACUGGUGAUCAGGCUCGCAAUCUGUUCUUAAGCUGGAGGCUUCCAAGAGAGGUCUUGAAGCAGGUGUGGGACCUAUCUGAUCGAGAUAAUGACAGCAUGCUUUCUUUGAGAGAGUUUUGUACUGCACUUUAUUUAAUGGAACGCUAUAGAGAAGGCCGCCCUCUUCCUUCUGUGCUCCCAAGUACCAUCAUAUCUGAUGAAACUCUACUGUCCACCUCAGGUCAUCCACCAGCUUCAUACGGAAAUGUAGCUUGGAGGCCUUCUCCUGGUUUCCAGCAACCACAAGCUAGUAGUGCUCCGCGACCACCUUUACCUUCUGCUAGGGGAAGACCGCCAAGGCCAGGGCCAGGUCCUCAGACUGAUGCACAGCCGCUGCCCACUCAGCAAAAGUCCAAGGUUCCAGUUCUGGAAAAGAACCUUGUAGAUCAACUUAGCCAAGAGGAGCGAGAUGCUCUUAACUCAAAGUUCAAAGAGGCAACAGAAGCAAAUAAAAAGGUUGAAGAGCUGGAAAAGGAGAUACAAGAUUCAAGAGCAAAGACUGAAUUCUUCCGUGCUAAGAUGCAGGAACUUAUUUUAUAUAAAAGCAGAUGUGACAAUCGACUUAAUGAGAUUACUGAAAGAGCCUCUGCUGACAAACGAGAGGUUGAAGGGUUGUCAAAGAAGUAUGAAGAGAAAUACAGGUUGUCUGGAGAUGUAGCCUCUAGGUUAACCAUUGAGGAGUCCACAUUUCGUGAUAUUCAGGAGAAAAAAAUGGAAUUGUAUCAGGCAAUUGUCAAAUUAGAACAAGGAGACAAUAAGGAUGGUGCUCUCCAGGAUCGCGCUAAUCAUAUACAAUCAAGUCUGGAGGAAUUAGUGAAAUCUGUUAAUGAGCGUUGCAAACAAUAUGGAUUACGUGCUAAACCGACUUCACUUGUUGAGCUUCCAUUUGGCUGGCAACCUGGAAUCCAAGAAGGCACAGCUGAUUGGGAUGAAGAUUGGGACAAGUUUGAAGAUGAAGGAUUCACGUUUGUAAAGGAGCUCACACUUGAUGUUCAAAAUGUCAUAGCCCCUCCAAAACCAAAAUCUUCAUUAGUUCAAAAGGAGACAGCUGCUGAUGCUGACUCAGACAAGGUUCCAGAUACAAGUGAAAGGAUACCUGAGAAAGACUUUGCAGUUGACCACAGUGAGGAUGGCGUGGCAAAAAGUUCAUCUGGAAAUCCUGCUGUUACAACAGAUACGCAAUCUCAAGAAUUCCAGGAUUCCCAUGUGACGAGUAGUGGUGGUGAAGGUUCUCCCCAUGCUCAGAAGGCGAGUGGUCCUUAUGAAUCUCCACGUGCCAAAAAAACUGGUGAUAAUGAUAGCUCAGCUCUCGCUAAAGAGUCUAGAAGUGAUCAGGGUGGUGCCGAAUCUUUAUUUUCUGAGGACAAGGGUUUUGAUGAACCUAGCUGGGGAAAAUUUGAUUCUCAGCAUACAGAUGCAAUUUGGGGCUUUGACAGUGAACGUGGCACGGAGAUGGAUCCUGAGAGGCAUGAUGAUAACUCUAUAUUUGGUCUUGGCGGCUUCAACAUAAAGCCCAUAAAAACGCAGUCACAGUCUGAAAACUUAUUCCCUGGGAAAGGUCCAUUGUUUGCAGAUUCUGUUCCAAGCACCCCUGCCUACGCAGGUGACAUGUUCCAAGGGAAGAGCUCAUCUGUUUUUGGGGAAUCUGUUCCAAGCACCCCUGCUUAUGCAGAUAACAUGUUCCAGGGGAAGGGCUCAUCUGUUUUUGCAGAUUCUGUUCCAAGCACUCCGGCCUAUGCAGAUAGCAUGUUUAAGGGGAAGAGUUCGUCCUUGUUUGCAGAUUCUGUUCCAAGCACUCCUGCCUAUGCAGAUAACUUGUUUAAGGGUCAGGGUUCAUCCAUAUUUGGAGAUUCUGUUCCAAGCACUCCUGCCUAUGCAGAUAACUUGUUCAAGGGGAAGGGUUCGUCCAUAUUUGCAGAUUCUGUUCCAAGCACUCCUGCCUAUGCAGAUAACAUGUUCAAGGGGAAGAGCUCAUCUAUUUUUGCAGAUUCUGUUCCAAGCACCCCUGCUUAUCAUUAUGGGAGCUCCCAACAGGGUUUUGGUGAAGGAUCAGAUGGUUACUCGUUUGACAGCUUCUCUAGGUCCGAUUCAUUCAACAUGCAAGAUGGUGGAUUGUUUCAAUCCCGCACAUUUGACAGGUUUGAUUCCAUGCGCAGCUCAACAGACUUUGAUCAGGGUUAUGGGUUCCCCCCAUUGAGGUUUGAUUCAUUUAAUGCAAGUGAUCAACCUGAGAGUGGGCUAAACAAAUCUCCAAGACAUUCGCUAACGAGGUUUGAUUCUAUGCGAAGCACUACAGGGUUUGAUCAUGGUCACGAGUUCUCAUCGUUCGAUGAUGCUGAUCCAUUUGGGUCAACGGGGCCAUUUAGGACAUCACUGGAGAGUCAGACACCAAGGAGAGAUGCCAAUAAAUGGAGUGCGUUUUAGAUAUAAAAGUAUAUAAUAUAAUAUAAAUUGGAUUAAAUGGACUAAUGGGGUUGUGGUUAUCAUGUUAAGCCUUGUAGGUGAAGAAGAUUUUGGUCAUUUGUGUGGCGGCUUUGAUUCUUUUAUUAGUAUAAAUAGCGACUGGAAUGGAGUGGUUGUGGCAGUGUCUUUAUUGUUUUUUUUCUUUUCUGCAACUUUAUACCGUUGUUCGUUUUGUCUUUUCUUUGAACUGGUUGUUUUUAGUUGUAGAAGCUUCAAUCAUCCUUGUUCAUGGACAGGUCUGGACUCACGAAAUGUUGUUGUUUCAAAAUAGUUGGUAAUAAUCAUUGUACGUGAUAUCGAACGUAAAAUUUGUAUAAACUCAUUUCUCAUGCA